UCGGCGGCGCUCGGCUGUCUCCGGCCGCUCGGCUCGGCGCUCGGCUCGGGUCCGCGGCCGCUGCGGCGCCGGGCAUUUCUCCGCAGCUCGGCUCGCGGCCGCGCCCGCCCGGCCCGCGCCCAUGCAGGCCAUCAAGUGCGUGGUGGUCGGCGACGGCGCCGUGGGGAAGACCUGCUUGCUGAUCAGCUACACGACCAACGCCUUCCCGGGAGAGUACAUCCCCACCGUUUUCGACAACUAUUCUGCGAAUGUGAUGGUGGACGGAAAACCGGUCAACCUGGGCCUGUGGGACACCGCGGGACAGGAGGACUACGACCGCCUGCGGCCACUCUCCUACCCCCAAACCGACGUCUUUCUGAUCUGCUUCUCCCUGGUGAGCCCAGCCUCCUUCGAGAAUGUUCGAGCCAAGUGGUACCCAGAGGUUCGGCACCACUGCCCGCACACGCCCAUCCUUCUGGUGGGCACCAAACUGGACCUCCGUGAUGACAAGGACACCAUUGAGCGGCUGCGGGACAAGAAGCUGGCACCUAUCACCUACCCCCAGGGCCUGGCCAUGGCCCGGGAGAUCGGCUCUGUCAAGUACCUGGAGUGCUCGGCCCUGACCCAGCGGGGCCUGAAGACAGUGUUUGACGAGGCCAUCCGGGCUGUACUGUGCCCGCCCCCUGUGAAGAAGCCGGGGAAGAAGUGCACGGUCUUCUAGAACCCCACUUCUGGAGGAGCAGCCCCUGCCCCGCCCCGUCUGUUGCAUUGCGCUGUCUGGUGUCCCUGAGUCCGCUGGGGGAGUGGUGGGGGUGGGGGGGCGAAGCACGGGGUCCUGGCCGCUCCGCUGCCUCUUCCUGGGCCGCAGCUCCAGCCUUCUCCCCUGGCUCCCAAGGGAGGCCGGGCGGGAGAGGGUCUCCCUCAGGCUGCAGAGGCAGGUCCAGGGCAGCCCCGGGACGGGCUUCCCUAACGGGGGAGGUGGGGUGGGUUCUGUCCUUGUGCCCCAGGAUGGGGUGGCCCCUUAUUUUAUACAAUAAACGUUCAUCUCCUGCCCA